CGGUCAAACUCAUCUGUGGACAAUCUCCAUCUUAUUAAAAUUUCAUAUUUGUUAGGGUUUUGAAGGUAUUAAGAAUCACGUUACUUACUUUUGCUGUAGAUGAAUUAGUCAUAUUUAGAUUUUAGAAAAUAAUUUGUUUGAAUAUAGCAAACGUGUAGUGUGUACCACGAAAAAUUACUUCUGCAUAAUGGCAGACACUGUCAAUAUGUCUUUAGAUGACAUAAUAAAACAAAACAAGACCAUAAGGGGAGGAUCAGCUCGUGGUCGUGGCGGUGGGAGAGGUAGAGGUCGGGGUCGUGGUGGACGAGGUGCCGCUAACCGGGGGCGUUCACAAUCUCGAUCUGGAACGCCAAAUGGUCAACAGCGCUCACGCUCCCGUUCCAGAGGACCUAGAGGCGCAGUGCAGCCAAGGGGUCGGUCUCAGUCUCGAGGCAGAUCACAAUCCAGAAAUAGGUCGCGUUCACAGCAACGUCGUAGAUCAAAUUCUCGGGCAAGGUCAACAUCUAGAUCUCGUUCUCAGAUCAGAGGUUUAACUCCUAAAGGAAGAGCAGGUCUUGAAAAUCAAGACAAUGAAAUGCCAAAACUUCUCAGAUUUAACAGAGCAAAUAGAGGUGGGUUUCAAAUGCAAUUAAGGCGCUCUAAUUCUGUGUCACGUUUGCAAAAUGGAAUUCAUAGCAGAUUGGGUUUGGUUAAUCGAAAGGGAAAUAUGAAUAACAAUUAUAAACCCCUGGCUGUUGCUAAGCGUGGUAUUGCAAAACGGGGCCGUGGUUUUACAACUAGGAAUAAAUACAGUAAUGUAGGACUUAGAUCUGAUCAAAUUCUUCAAGAACAACACAGAUCGAAUGUCAUAAGGUCACAGACAUUUACUCGGUCUAGAAACAAUUCAUUUAAUGGAUCUGCUUCUCAACUUACAGUCAGUGUAGCUAAUGACUUUGUUAAAAGGCGUAGAAACAGUGUUGGCAAUAGCAAUUAUCUAAGUAAGCAAACGUUAGCACAACUUAAUAAUGAAUAUGCAGGUCUCCGCAAACGAGGUGGACCAGGAAGUGCAAAAUCAGUAGGUUCAAACAGGUCUAACAGGUCGAAUGCAAGUAAAAGAUCAACACAGUCUCGAGGACGAGGGAGAGGGAGAGGUGGUAAUCGCGGAGUUGGCAGAAAGUUUGUAAACAAACAAAUUCUCAACCCAAAGUUACAGCAAGAAAUUGCUGCUAUUCAAGGUAAAAAUUAUGGAAGUAAUACAAGUGAAGCUCCUGCAGGUGUAAAUUUCACACCUACUCCUGCUACAACGCAACAACCAUUACAUCAGAGAUUUGCUAUGGCUUGAAGUGGAAUUAAAUCUAUUAAGCUUGAAUUUUCAGUUAUAACGUAAAAUAAUAUUCUGACAUCUGUAAUGUUUUUGUUUUGUACUAAAGAUGUGUAAACUAAGUAAUAAGUACAAGAUUUUUUGUAUUAAAUAUUAACUACAUUUAAGCUGUUAAGCUAAAUAUCUAGGUCCUUCAUAGCUAACAGCUUAAAAAUUUAUUAAGGGAUAUGUAAGUAAAAUAACAGCUUGUAACUCACUUAAUAUAGAUUUAGUUUUUAUCUUUACCAUGCAAAAAUUUAAUUUGUUAUAGACAUUGCAAUAUGCUGUGACCUUUAAAUAUAACUGUAAAUGAAUGCUUAUUCUUUUUGUCUUAAAUUUAUACAUAUUAAGUUCUUAUGACAGUCUAUGUUGAAAACGCCUUAAGUUGAUAGAUUAUUGUUUUGUUAAGACUUUUUUAUAGAGUGAAAUAAAAACUAAGAAUAAAUAAA